UGCAGCGGCGCCCAGGUCCCGGUGCGCCUUUGGACGCGGGUCUCUCUCUCUCGCCGUCGCAAGCGCGCCCUCCUCGCCCUCUCCCCGGUCCGGGGCGCCGCCCGCGUGGAUGGGAUGGACGCGGGUCCCUCGGGAGCAGCAGUUGCUGCAGGCACUUACCUGCCACCCCUCCAGCAGGUAUUUCAAGCUCCUCGUCGGCCUGGGAUAGGAACCGUUGGGAAGCCCAUCAAGCUCUUGGCCAAUUACUUUGAAGUGGACAUUCCCAAAAUCGAUGUCUAUCACUAUGAAGUUGACAUCAAGCCGGACAAGUGUCCACGCAGAGUCAACAGGGAGGUUGUGGAAUAUAUGGUACAACACUUCAAACCUCAGAUCUUUGGAGACCGGAAACCGGUGUACGAUGGAAAGAAGAACAUCUACACUGUUACAGCUCUGCCUAUUGGAAACGAAAGGGUUGAUUUUGAGGUGACAAUUCCAGGGGAAGGCAAAGAUCGAAUAUUUAAGGUCUCCAUUAAAUGGAUGGCCAUUGUGAGUUGGAGGAUGCUCCAUGAAGCUCUAGUGAGCGGGCAAAUCCCUGUUCCUUUGGAAUCUGUCCAGGCCCUUGAUGUCGCCAUGAGACACUUGGCUUCCAUGAGGUACACUCCAGUGGGGCGUUCCUUCUUCUCUCCCCCUGAAGGAUACUAUCACCCGCUGGGAGGAGGUCGGGAGGUCUGGUUUGGCUUCCAUCAGUCUGUCAGACCCGCUAUGUGGAAGAUGAUGCUUAACAUAGAUGUGUCUGCCACGGCGUUCUACAAGGCCCAGCCGGUGAUUGAAUUCAUGUGUGAAGUGUUGGACAUCCGGAACAUCGACGAGCAGCCAAAGCCCCUGACUGACUCUCAGAGGGUUCGGUUCACAAAGGAAAUCAAAGGUUUGAAAGUGGAAGUUACGCACUGCGGACAAAUGAAGAGGAAAUACCGCGUCUGUAAUGUCACUCGGCGUCCAGCUAGUCACCAAACGUUCCCCUUGCAGCUGGAGAGCGGACAAACCGUGGAAUGCACCGUUGCACAAUACUUCAAACAGAAGUACAACCUGCAGCUGAAAUACCCCCACCUGCCUUGUCUUCAAGUCGGCCAAGAGCAGAAACACACCUAUUUGCCUCUGGAGGUGUGUAACAUUGUGGCUGGCCAGCGGUGCAUCAAAAAACUGACGGACAAUCAGACGUCUACCAUGAUCAAAGCUACAGCACGGUCUGCUCCUGACAGGCAAGAAGAAAUUAGCCGCUUGAUGAAAAAUGCCAGUUAUAACCUGGACCCAUACAUACAAGAGUUUGGCAUAAAAGUGAAAGAUGACAUGACUGAAGUGACUGGGAGGGUCUUGCCAGCCCCGAUUUUACAAUAUGGAGGUCGGAACCGUGCCAUCGCCACGCCCAAUCAGGGGGUCUGGGAUAUGCGAGGGAAGCAGUUCUACAAUGGGAUCGAGAUCAAAGUGUGGGCCAUCGCCUGCUUUGCCCCUCAGAAGCAGUGCAGAGAAGAAGUGCUGAAGAACUUUACGGACCAGCUGCGCAAAAUUUCUAAGGAUGCAGGGAUGCCAAUCCAGGGCCAGCCUUGCUUCUGUAAAUAUGCCCAAGGUGCUGACAGUGUGGAGCCCAUGUUCCGACACCUUAAAAACACAUAUUCAGGACUCCAGCUCAUCAUUGUCAUCCUGCCGGGAAAGACCCCAGUGUACGCGGAGGUGAAGCGUGUAGGGGACACUCUUCUGGGCAUGGCCACUCAGUGUGUGCAGGUCAAAAACGUGGUGAAGACUUCCCCCCAGACUCUUUCCAACCUCUGUCUCAAGAUCAACGUUAAACUUGGGGGGAUUAACAAUAUCUUGGUGCCCCAUCAGCGAUCCGCCGUUUUUCAGCAGCCGGUUAUAUUCCUGGGAGCUGAUGUGACUCAUCCACCAGCUGGGGAUGGAAAGAAGCCCUCCAUAACAGCUGUGGUGGGCAGCAUGGAUGCCCACCCAAGCCGCUACUGCGCCACGGUUCGGGUACAGCGGCCACGCCAGGAAAUCAUUGAAGACCUUUCCUACAUGGUUCGAGAACUCCUCAUCCAGUUCUACAAGUCCACACGCUUCAAACCGACACGCAUUAUCUUCUACCGGGAUGGUGUGCCUGAGGGACAGCUGCCACAGAUCCUCCACUAUGAGCUUCUGGCCAUCCGGGAUGCCUGCAUCAAACUGGAGAAGGAUUACCAGCCGGGCAUCACCUACAUUGUGGUUCAGAAAAGGCACCACACUCGCCUCUUCUGUGCAGACAAGAAUGAGAGGAUUGGCAAAAGUGGGAACAUACCAGCAGGAACUACUGUCGAUACGAACAUUACUCACCCUUUUGAGUUUGACUUCUAUCUGUGCAGUCAUGCCGGCAUUCAGGGUACCAGCAGACCCUCCCAUUACUACGUGCUUUGGGACGAUAACCGGUUUACAGCAGAUGAGCUUCAAAUUCUCACCUACCAGCUUUGCCACACCUACGUCCGUUGUACACGCUCUGUUUCUAUCCCAGCACCAGCAUACUACGCCCGAUUGGUGGCCUUCCGGGCACGAUACCAUCUUGUAGACAAAGAGCAUGACAGUGGAGAAGGCAGUCACAUCUCCGGCCAGAGCAACGGCCGAGACCCUCAAGCUCUCGCCAAGGCUGUGCAAGUUCAUCAGGACACUUUACGUACCAUGUACUUUGCUUGAAAACCCAACAUUUUUACCUCACUCCAGAAAGCUUUCUGAUUGGUAGGAGACAUACAAAAAAAGAGAGAAAGAAAGAAGGAAGGAAAGAAAGAAAGAAAGAAAAAGAGAAAGAAAAGAAAGAAGAGAAAGAGAAGGAAGAAAAAAGAAGAAGCAUUGGAGCACCUUGUGGUUAUCCAAUGGAGAGAUCACUGCAGGCCGCGGACAAAACAUUUCUAGGAAACUGCCCUUGUUUUCCAGGGUCAACGCAGGAGAACUGCAUAACCUUUGUAGUAUUAAAACAAGAGAGACUUUCUGCUUUUCAGGCUUUCCAGUUACCUGACCAAACAAAUGCAAAAUAUUGAAACCGUGGGAGGGAAUCUGUCCUUCAGUUUAAAAAAACAACAACAACCCCCACAGGUUUUCAUCACUGGGAUGGUGGGCAGUAGAGACAGGAGAUGCAAUAUUAGACUUCUGACUGUGAAAUAAGAAGAGUUCCAGUCCUUUUAAUGCCCCAGUCAAAAAUGCUGUUUCUUAUUGGUUCAGGGUGGGGGGGGGGGGGGGGGGGGGCUGGGACUUGUAGAGCCUUAAAACAGAUGACUAGAUUUAUAAAAACUAAUAUUUUAGGAUACAAAAUGCUUUAAUUGGCAAAGAAGAAAAGAAGCCAGUAGUUUAUAGAUGAAUUUUAACACGGUUACCCCUUCUCCACAGAAGAGGAAAAUAAUAUGAAUUUCCCCCCCCCCUCUCCUUUCUAUAUAAUAAUGGUGUAAGGUACCCGCAGCACUUACCACAAAAGGAAACUUGUCUUCCGUCUGUUUAAAAAGUGAGUUGGCUGCUGCCCCCUUAAUGCGGCAGAAACACACCGUGGGCGAGUGCCUUACUGCUGCAAAAUGAUGACAUUUUUUUUUUCACCUUUCAAACUGAAAAGAAAAGGAAAAAGGAAAGGGAAGGAAACCAACAAUGCUCUUGACUUGACUUGGUCGUGGUCCAGAUCUCUAGCUUGAAAAUGUCUGUGUUUUGGGGUUUUGUUGAUGUUCACCAAGCAUACCAUUUCAUUUUCGCUCACAGCCUCGUGGUGGAUUACAAUUCUGUGCACUUUUAUCCUGAUAUAGAAAUACGGAGAGCUGCUGAUGAUAAAAACCUGCUUUUUUAUUUUUUUUUGAUGAAUUGCGAUUGAUGGAAUUGCUUCUGAUGUGUUUCUUGUGUGGUGAUUUUUCCCCUCCUUUUUAAUUUAAAGGACGCUGCAUUUCUGAUGAACAGGGUGUGUGUAAAAGGAAGUGUCUUUGUCUGCCCUGCAAGCACAAAAAAAAAAAGAACUCUGCUAUCAGUUCAUGUCCUGAUUUUUUUAAUAUAUGGAUGAAAUUUUUUAUUAUCAAGUAUUUUUAUACGAUGCUGAGUCUAUUGCCAAAACAUACACUCAAAUUCUCACUGUUUACAUCAUUUUCCCUCCUUUAUCUCUGUCCAACAUUUUGGGAAUAUUACAGUAGAUCGCUUGAUCAUCACAAAAACUCAAAUUGGCAUUAUAUCGAGAAGAUUUCCAGGUGGCUCAGUUUCCCAGGGGCAGCCAGAAUCUUCGUGCUGUAUAGUAAAGGAAUGAUCAUUUCAUUUCCCGCAGUUGUGUAACUCCGAUGUCUUCUCAAACCUUAUAUUGUUUUUCUGUGACAGGAAAGAUGGAUGUAAAUCAAGACCAUUUCUCCAGCUUGCUUUGAGAUCAGAACAUUAAAAUGCACUUCGCUGUUUGUCUAUAGAAAUGGAUCCUGAUUUUCUAGGGAAAAAAACAAACCAGUCCUUUUACCCGUGGCUCUGAAUUUUCCUUCCUGCAACAAACACCUUGGAUAGGAAAUAUCCUGGACCGUGCUGGCCCCUUGCAAACCGAUUUUGGCUGUUCAGAAGGAAGCCUGUGCCAUAAAGUUGUCUCCAAACCAUAUCCUGUCACUUCAGAGUUGUAUCUUCGAGUGCCAAAGUGAGCUUUCAACAUCAGCCUCAGCAAAAGAUCCCGAUUCUCCCAUAGAGCUGCACAACUCUUUAUAAUAAUAGAAUUUUUUUAUUGGCCAAGUGUGAUUGGACACACAAGGAUUUUGUCUUGGUGCAUUUGUAGUUUUUGUGGAACUCCCCACCCGUCAAGGAAAAGGGCAACGCUUGUGGGGUGAGACUUUUGGACUGUAUGUGCUUCCAACAUCAAGUUCAAUUUUCUUCUCUCUUUUUUUAGGCCUUAUCUCUUCUCCCCGCUUUACCCUGCUUCACCGUAUCCCGUAGGGCAGAAAGUUAAUCCAUCUGAAAGCUAUGCAAGCCAACAGGCCACUCAGAACGGAACCCAGUUAGGUGCUUUGCAAUUUGAUUGUGAGUCUGUAUUAUUUAACCACGAGGCUAACAACUGCCAUGGGAAUGCGCCCAGCCUGACAGUGCGCACAAAGAGGAGGUGGAAAUUCCUGACACAAAUGCUGUAUCUCAGAUGGCCUCUGAACAACUUGUCUGUUGCUCUGCUUAACGUGGGUGGAGCUGGUUGAUCUUUCAAACAUGAAUAAUACAGAUUGUGGGCUCAGUGAUCCUUCCUUCCUCUCAUCCAUCCAUCCUGCUGCCUUCUUCCCUC